GUUGAUUCUUCUGCGGACAUUGACAAUAUCCUUAAAAACGACAAAUACGACACAAUCCGUGAAAUAUCCGACAAUUUUGUCGCAAAUGCGAACCUUGCGUCGGAUGAGCUACAUGUGUACGCCAAUGGCAUGCGCAUCCGCACCAACAGUGACUUACAG